AUGGGUUUAGGGGCCAAGAGGAAGGAGGCUGAACGGACCGACAGCGCCGAGGGUCCGGCAUUUGUUUCUGAGUAUUUUUCCCAGAGUUCGCAGACGCUGUCCUUCUACAGUUGGUAUGGAAGUGCCAAAAUAUUCCGCUUCCAUGUCCCAGAGGACACAGUGCUGCUGCGCUGGCUCCUGCAGGCUUCCAGAGAGAAGGGCCCCGGAUGUGGCAAGACUCAGGUCACCUUCCAUAUCCGCCAUGGUGCCCCUCCAGUCAUCAACCCGCUGGGCACACAGUUUCCCGUGAACACAAGCAUACCUCCGUCCUUCAGUCAGACACUGACACUGGCUGCUGGCUUGCAGAACAGCACCUUUGUCAACCUCACCAAUCCGGCUGCUGGUGACUGGUUUCUCGCUGCCCACCUGCCGGCAGCCUCAAGCAAGAUUGAGGUGAAGGGCUUCUCCAGAUCUUGUACCUAUACCUUCCAGCCUGACCUGUUUGUGCUGCGCCGUGUGGACACGGUAGUCCUUGAGCCUGAUGUGCCCAUGCCACAGGCUCUGUCCCAGGGGGCUAGUAGGCCACUUCAUGCCAAGGUCUUUGUCCCCGAAUACACUGCUGGGUUGCGCUUUGAGCUGGGGAAAUGCAUGGAGAAUGGCGCUGCUGCAGCCUGCGCCCUCCAGGUCACGCUAGGCUCAGCUGGGCUCUCUCGGGCUUCCCAGAAGGUGCUCCGCUGCCUGGAGGCCUGCAGUGUCUUCUUGGCUUCCCCACCAUGGGGAAGGUGGGUUUGGAUCACGGUGGAGAGCCUCGGUGGUGCCAGUGCCAGGGUUUCCUUUGAGAUGACGGCAUUCUUCAUAGUGUGCAAGCCAGGAGGCAACAGCUCCUUCCUUGGCUUCUACCAGAGCUUGAAGCAGAACCAGGGGAUGCCAGUGCUGGGAGGCAGCCUCAACAGCACAUGGCUUGCCAUGGGCAGCAUCCAUAAUGCAUCUGGCCCAGGAAGCUCCUGCCUGCAUGGCCAGCCAGUUGUCCGCGAGGAGCUGGACGUGGCGUCUGUGCGCUUCCGGGUCCUCGGGGAUUCCAAUGUGCCUGUGCAGAGCGAAGUUCCCACUCUGCUCCUUCUGAACCUAAACUCGGGCAUGGAUAGUGGAGGGAAUCUGGUGCUGAACCUGAUGCUGAACAAGACUUCUGUGGGCCUUGGAAAUGCCACUGUGUUGGCCUGCUUGAGUCCCACAUCCCCUGCACUGUUCCUGAAUGGUUCCUGGGGCUGCUGGACAGCCUUCUCUCAGGGCUACCUACUGAACUUGAGCAUGUCCUCCAGUGAAGCUGCAGUCAUUGUCCCUUACCCAGAAUCUGACAACUGGUACCUGUCCCUGAAGCUGCUCUGCCCAAAGGAAUCAGAAGACUGUGAUCAGGCUCAAGGCCAGGUCGCCAUGCUUGCCUACCUCACCCCCUGCUUUGACGAUUGCGGGACAUAUGGACAGUGCAGCCUCAUGAGGCGCCAUGGCUACCUCUAUGCUGGCUGCAUCUGCAAGGCUGGUUGGGCUGGCUGGAGCUGCACAGAUGGAACCAAGGCCCAGUCCGUAGGCACCCAGAUCCUGGCCACCCUCUUGCUCACUCUCAGCAACCUGCUCUUCCUGCCUGCCAUCGCUGCUGCCCUGUACCACUACCACCUGGUUGAAGCCUCUGUGUAUACCUUCACCAUGUUCUUUUCCACAUUCUACCACGCCUGCGACCAGCCUGGCAUUGCUGUAAUGUGCAUUAUGGACUACGACACAUUGCAGUUCUGUGAUUUUCUGGGCUCUGUCGUCUCCAUCUGGGUGACCAUUCUGUGCAUGGCACGAGUCAAGAAGAUCCUGAAAUAUGUCCUCUGUGUGCUGGGAACCCUGGUCAUUGCGAUGUCACUGCAGCUGGACCGUAGGGGGCUUUGGAACAUGAUGGGCCCCUGUGUCUUUGCCCUCACCAUCAUGGCCAGUAUUUGGGUCUAUCGUGGGAUCUCCCGGCGCCGCUGCUACCCUCCCUCCUGGAAGCGCUGGGCCUUUUUCCUCUUCCCCGGCAUCAGCUUGGCACUUGUGGCCAUAGCAGUGUACGUCUUCAUGGAAACCACUGAGAAUUACUAUUACACCCACAGCAUCUGGCAUAUCCUGGUGGCCAGCAGUGUGGCCUUCCUCCUUCCUCCUGGAGAUAAGCAGAAGGAGCCGUGGGCCUGGUCCCGUAAACUGCUGUGCCGUUACCAGAUCUGUAAGAACGACCGGGAGGAGCUCUAUGCAGUGAGCUGACUGACUGGAGAAGGAGGGGGCCGAUACAACAAGACUUCCUCCCAAUGGAGCUGCUUAAUUUAACAGGAGGAACGUGACCCCUGCAGAUUCCUCCUGCUGUGCUGGAGGAAGAUCAAGGAAGCUGAGCAGUGCAAUAUUUGAUCAGGAGAGGAGGCUGUCUGAUGGAGCCUGCACUUUUCUGAAUCUUGAGAAACGUGGCUUAGUCUUGUGGCGGCUGUAGCAA